AUGUCUGCUUCUUCUGGAUCUCAGGCCAUGCCGGGCUGGUACUGGCCAGACGACGUACCCAAGGAUGAACCUCCGCAUGCGACUUCGUCAUCCUCAUCAUCCCAGCCGCAGCCUUCCAGAACUUCAGCAACUGGCGAGGCUCCACAUGCGGGUCAGGGAACACGGUCUUCCAGGAGAACUCACUGGCCCCCGAGACAAUGCAGAAUCUGUCUUGAGACUGUCCAGCCUACUUUCAAUGUUCCAUCUGAGAACCUUCCUGGCUUCCUUCAAUCGUCUAACGUCAAAUACGAAGACGAAAGUGGCCGUUUGAUUCGACCUUGCAAUUGCAAAGGCUCGUCGAAAUAUGUCCACGAAGCUUGUUUGCAGGCCUGGCGUCACGCCGAUCCAAGUUACGGACCGAGAAAUUACUGGCAAUGCCCAACAUGCGGUUUCAAGUAUCGGCUUGUACGCUUGGGGGCUGGUCGUUUCGUUGGUAGUGUCGCUGCCCAAGUUGGCCUGACACUUCUCAUCUUGACGAUAGUCGUUUUUGUCCUCGGUUUCAUCGCUGAUCCCAUAAUCAAUAUGUACUUCGAUCCUUGGAGCUAUCUGAUGCCCUGGUCCAGCCGUCCAAGCUACGAUUACUACGAAGACGAGCCAGUUACAUGGGGUGAGCAUUUCGCGAAAGGUUUCGCUAGCAUGGGUGUUCUUGGCUUCCUCAAAGUCCUGGUAGCCAGUCCGUUUUCCUAUUUCAGGUUAGGAGGUGGUGGUGGCAGGGGCAGGAAUGGUAGGGACAGAUAUGAGCAGAUAAGUUGGAUUAUCAUCUUAGUCGGUGUAGGCACGUUUCUGGCGGCCGUAUACAAAGGCGUUCGCGCUUGGAGUCGCCGCACGCUCGAAAGAGCUGGUGAACGAGUCAUGGACGUCCAAGGCGAUGACGACGACGAUGAAGAAUGA